AUGGAGCGCGUAUCGUUGGGUCUUCGUGGCGUCAAUAAGCCUUCUAUUCGAACGUACGGCAAACGUGCCACACCAGCGGGCAGUGUUGAGCCACCAACAAAAAGACGACGUGCGGAAUCGAGUCAUGUGAACAUCCACAGCAUUGCUGGACGCUUUGCGCCAAAGACCGGCACUGCUGCUCAAACGGCCGACAGCCUAGACAGUCAACUCCCCUCCGCGCUUCCUCCACAGCAACCCAAGAAGGGCACCAUUCUCGGCUACUUCAAGGUCCGGUCGCCAUCAUCCGAAACCCUUUCGCCAUGCGCCCAGUCCUCGGAGCCAGUAUUGCCUUCGCCGACACCUCCCUCUUCACCGCCAGCACUCGAACGUGCUCGGAAGCAACGUCGAAGGCUCACUACGAAGCCUGCGCUUUGCACAGACCAGAGCACAAAAGACGGCAGAGGCGAGGACGAAUCGGAUCACAAUGAUGCGGGCCACACGCCGAAAGAGGACGAGGACGAGGACGAGGACGAGGCACAAAAUCACACUGUCUUGACGGACACCACUACGAGUUCGCUCAAUCGGAAGCCAAGCAGGGAGCCAGAUAGAUCAGAUGCCGGCAAAAGAGGUGCCAGCAAGAAGCAAAAGCCGCAACGAGCCAGUGUGCAGACCACCCUGAGUUUGUCUCUGACGGAGAAGCAAUUUGUUGAAUGUACGGAAUGUAAUAUGCUGUACAAUCCAUACCACGAGAAAGAUGUAAAGAUGCACAAGAAGCGGCAUGCUGCCUUACUAAAGUCGAAGUAG